GCGCAGUUAAAGCGAGCUCUUCAAACGAAGGUAUUUUAUCUGAUGUUUGGUGUCUGCUGUCAGUUUUCAUUUGGACGUAAACAAGUUGUAAAAGUUCUGUUAGAGGAUGUCUUUAAGCGGAAAAGAAAAGAAGCGAGGGCCAAACUGGACGAUAGAAGAAAGAAAUACGCUUAUAGAGCUAUGCCGGGCCAGUACAAACACACUCAAAAUGAACUGGGGAGAAGUGGCUGACAGGGUGAACAGUAUCGGGGGAAACUCCAGAGUCGCCCCUGAGGUUAAAAAGAAGUGGACUGAUAUGAAGAGCAAUGUAAAGAGGAAGGCGCAGCAAGAACGGACAGAAAGCAGGCAGACAGGAAAUGGGUUGAAGACUAUAAAUCUGGAUUCUUGGGAGGAAAUGGUAUUGACAACCAUUCCAAAGGUGUCAGUUGAUGGCAUUCCUGGAGGCGUGCAGUGCGGGGUUUCUUCAAACCAGGAAUCGAAUAAAGAAGAAGAAGAAGAAGAAGAAGAAGAAGAAGAAGAAGAAGAAGAAGAAGAAGAAGAAGAAGAAAAAGACAUGAUCCAGGGAGCAGCAGCUAAUGUGAAAGACCGCUCAUCAUCAGUAAAGUUUUCUUCUUGUAAUGCAACAGGGGGUUCCACAUCAAAUCUUCAACUGCGAAUGGUGAUGGCCCAGGAGCAACAAAACAGUAUUCUGUCAUCAAUAGAUUCUACAUUGAAGAAAAUGUUAGAAUACCAAAAAGAAAAAAUCCGUUGACCUUCUACAUUUUGAAUAUUAAUUUAAGAAAACAUUCAUAUAAAAUUAUGUAUCGGUUUCUUAGACUCAUUGAAAAUGUGUUAAGUUAUAUUAUUCAACUGGCCACAAUUUCUCAACACUUUUUCAAUCAAUGAGGUUACAUAACUCCAUAUUAUCCUAAAUACAAGUUAUGGCCCCUGAUUGACUUAGGUUUAAGUUUUAGGGCAGGUUAAAUUUUAGGGCAAGUUGGGAUUUUCACUUAAAACUCCAAUACCAUUCAUUCAAUUGACUUAAUGCUUCGCACAGAUGUUCAGAGCCAUCACAUAAUGAGGUUAGAUAACUCCAUAUUAUCCUUUAUACAAAUUAUGGCCUCUGAUUGACUAUGGAACUUAGGUUAAAGUUUUAGGGCAGGUUGGGAUAUUGUUUAAUAACUUCUAUACCCUUCAUUCAAUUGACUUAAUACUUCACACAAUUGUUCAGGACCAUCAGCCAAUGAGGUUACAUAACUCCAUAUCCUUAAUACAAGUUAUGGCCCCUGAUUGACUUGGGUUAAAGUUUUGGGCAAAAUUAUUUACGACCAUAUUACAACAAGAAACAUAACUCAUUUUUAAGCCUAAAUACAAAUUAUGGCCCUUGAAUUUAAAAAAAAUAAAUUUAACUUCCUUUUAAAGACAUAUUUGUAUAUUCUUAACCACAUUUUCAUAAUGGGAAAUCAAGUUAUUUGAAUGACUUGCGUCAUUGUUUUGGCGGGCUGGUGGAAGGGCAGCAUCAAAGUCACCUUAUGUAUCGAAUAAUUUCAGUUAGGUUUGACAUAAAGAGACCAAACUUGGUAUUUUUAUACGUUAUUGUAUUCUAAGUCAAAGCGACGUAGACGAGCGCGCUGUCUUACGACGGCUUUAAGAGACUUUAGACUUUGAAUGGGAAUUAUGUUUAUGGUUAUCACAAUUAACUCUUUCAUUUAUCAAAGUUCAGUUACAGUAUGUAUUUUGGCCUAUAAAAAUAAGCUUUGUACACCUGUUAUGCUUCAUAAGAUGUUUUGAGAUAUUGGGGCCAGCUGUUUAAUAGUAAACUUUAUGAUAUGUGAAUUGCACUGUGAUGUGAUAGUGUUUGUGUAACUUACUGCCUUUCAUCUAAGAUUUGAACUUAGGUCCCUGAAGAGAAAUUUGCCAUGUAUAUAAAAGAUUAUUAAUUUGUUCAUUUUAGUUUAACAUUGUAAUAAAUUCCAACAAGUGGGCACUAAAAACUAUAUUUUAUGUUUUCAUGAGGUUAAAUAUAUUGCCAUCUUACACUAAAACAAGCAUUUUUUUCGUAAAUGACGUCAAUGAAAUAUUUAUAUAACCAUUGGAAGUGAUGUUCUGAAACAUCAAAUGUACAGUUGAUUACAAGAAGAGGCAUUUAAAGUUACUUUAGUUUUGUCUGUAUGUACUCUUAAUUCUUUGUAUGUGUUGUAUGAUAAAAAGCCUGAACCUACACUCUUUUGUACAAAGUUUAGGCUUAGUGCCAAAUUCGGAUGUAAUUGAAACUGAAUGGGUGUUUCCUCAAAAGUGUAGAAUUUAACUUAUUCCUCGAAGUGAAAGUCAGUUUUUGGGCCCAGAUGCAUUUACUUGUUUAUGUUUUGGUGCAAUAUUAUAUUUGCCUAUGAUGUUCUUAGGAAAGGUAUUGCUAUAAAACUAAAACUGUUAUGAACUCCCUGUAUAAAAUGGGUGUAUUAUUCUGACAUAACUGUUAUAUUGAAUUGCAGUUGUAAAAUAAAUUAUUCUGACUGAACGUUUUGCAAUCAAAUAUAAACAAGAAAAACACUUUUUUUGGCAAGUUAGGCAUUAUUAAAUGAAGGAUAUGUACAAAGCAGAAAUGAUAUUGAACGGCAUUGUAUUGUAUCAAUAGAAAUGUAUUGAUGAAAGAAUAAUCAGUUGAGCUUUUAAGGUUAUUUAGUUGAGCUUUUAAGGUUAAUUAGUUGAGCUUUUAAGGUUUUUGAUUUGUGUAAGUUAUUGAAUGUUAUUCAUUGAGACAUCAGGAAAUGCACAUUGUUGCAGUGUGCCAUUCUGUUGCCAUAAUUAUGUUGUAUGAUGUUCUGUGUGUAAUGUUGUGCAUAAUUGAUUUGUUAUUAUGGUUAAAAUGACAUGGGUGAUAUCAUAAAUAUCUUAAUGUCUUUAGUUCUUAUCCCAUUUACAUGUUACAAUUUUACAAUGUACUGCACUUUUGCAUAAUGCUACUGUGAUAGUCUAAGUUGUUGUCAUAAUUGUAUAUUUGUUGUGUUAAAGAGGUUUUAUUUAGGGUUACCCCAGUAAAACAUAUAAAAUUGGGGGGGGGGGCAAUUAUUUAAAAAGUGUAUGGGUGCGUGUUUGUUUUGCUAAUUUGAAUCCCAAAUUUGCUUCUGUAGGAGGGUGGUGUAUUUAAUAAGAGUGCCCCCAUCCAUGGGGUAUAUACUGUCAAUAAAUAGCCCUUAAAUUGCUCGUAAAAAAUAUGUGAUAUUUAUAUGUUGUUAUGUUUAUGUCAUAAUUUUAAGCCAAAUUUUUCCUGCACCUGAUUAGAAUAGGAACUUGGGUAAAAAAACUAGGUAUUUAUGUAAAACCUCAAAGCUGCACUCUCACAGAUUGAAUCAUUUGACAAUUAAUUUUAUUUUCUGUUUUGGAACAAGCAAAUUUAUGCGAAAAUGCAAGGAAACCAAUGCUAUAAGACGGCUGAUAAAGAAAUCAGAUCGCAGAUUUUUGUAAUUAAGUUUAAAAAAAUAUGUUUAAAUUAAUGCAUUCUCCUUUAACUGUAAGUAACGCUUUUAGCCAUAAAACAGGAUUUAUGAAACCAAGCUGAUUGUUUGUCAUCAUUGUUACAUUACUGGAAUACAGAUAUAAGCAAACAAAUUGUUAAUUUAAAUACCAAAACAAAAAUAAAGAAGUUAUCAAAACGGUAAAUCUGUGAGAGUGCAGCUUUAAGAAAAUGAAGAAAUAUUCUCCCAAUUUCAUACAUUUAAACGCUUUAAGGUUAUUUGAAUGAACA